AAACGAACCCUCGUGCGCCUAUAUAGUACUCUCUUUAUUUCGUUUCGUGCCAUCCGUAGGUAUAAAGAAUUCAACGUAUCCGAGUUACGAAGGCUAAGAAGGAGUCGGAAAUGCGGCCAGGAAAGUGCAAGGAGCACCCAGAUGACGAGCAACAACCUGGUGUUUGCUCUUCGUGCUUAAGAGAAAAACUGUCGCGGCUCGACCCAAUUCAAUCCAGCCAUAAACCACUUCCUCCUUGUAACUCAUCUCUAACUUUCGAUUCUCCUGCGGAAGCCAACCGGUCAAAUUAUGCGUCUCUAGCACUGUAUCGAAGUCGUCGCCACCGUCGAAAUGCAUCGGAUGUGAUGAAUUCGGUGUCUUGUUCCGAGAUGGGUUUCGAUUUCAGGCUCAAGAAGAGUAGAUCGAUUGCCCAUGCCUCAGCAAACGAGGUCAGUGGGAGCUAUGCAAGGAAGAAAGAUGGGUUUUGGUCCAAACUCCUUAAACUGACGAGAAAGGGUACCAAGAAUGUCUUGAAGCACUCCACGACGGCCGUCAGAGAGGGACGGGACCGGUGAUCAUAAUUUGUCGGCCUUGAGGUUAUGAACGAACCCUGGUUUACAGAUGUUGUAGUGCCAGUAUUAGCGCAGGAACAUUAGGUGUACGAAGUUUUCGAGGCUAAACGUUAGAAAUGGAGAUCAUUCAAUGAUGCAAAAGAUCUAAGGAUGAUGUAUAGCCAAGAAUUACCAGCUUUCGCUGGAGGCUUUUACAACCAUUUGUCAUUGAAAAUAAAACGCAAGUCAAGAGUCAAUUGCAGUUUCCUUCUUGGCGCA